AUGGACCGAGUACGAGACUGGCAGACCACCAUCGAGGAUGUUGCUCGAACUGAUUCAUCAGGGUCGUCCAACUCGGGUGAGUCACUGCUGCUCCCGUCGUACGACAAAGCACGGACAAGGUGAAAGCUCACACCCAACACACUCCACUCCCAGCAAGCUCAAUAUCGUCUGCAGUUGCAAUAACGUCCACAUCUGCGUCUCUAGCAGCCGCGUCACGUAGAAAUCACCCUUUCCGUGCGCCGAGACCCGUUCAGUCCGCCGCAAUUGACCUCACGUUGUCUUCGUCGUCGUCGUCGUCAGCGUCGGAGCAAGGCAGCAACGAGGGGACCUCCUCAAAUGGAUCGACCAUCGUCGUAACAGACCGGAUACCGAUUGUACAUGCCCCUCGACCUCCCACGUCCCAGCACCAGCGAACGUUGUUGCCGGCGUCCACCGCCCCUCCACGUGACCUCGCACGACCGACUCCUUCGUCUUUCGUUCGUCCAACCGUCGGUCGACCCCUUCCUCCUCCUCCUCCUCCAGCUCCAGCUCCUCGGUAUCAGAAACAAGAUAAUCAUCAGCGAACUCCGGCCUAUAACCACCAGCAUCAGCAGCGGCCCCCACCUCACAACGUCUUCGCUGGUUCAUCCAAGUUCGCGACCAGCGCCAGCGACUUCCGAAUCGCACGGCCAGCGGUGGGAGCCAGGAACCCAGUGGCUUCAACGAGCACAACCAACCAAAAUGGAAGCAGUGUCAAGGCACGCAUCAUGGGCUCCAUCGUCGCCGAUCGCCAAAAGAUGGGUAUACCCCUAUCGGUGCCGCAAAACCCACCCUACCAACGUCCAGUGCAACACCCCUCGCUAUCGGAUCCGGCCCGUGGUAUUGAUCGGGAUGACUACGACUACGGCAUCUUAUCGGGACCGCUGCCGAAUAUGGGUUUCGAAAAUGGCCUCAAUGGUCAAGAUCCAGAAACGGCCUUGAAGGAACUCUUCGCCGGCACUCCCGACAACGACUUUGAAAACCUCGAUCCCAACCUCGUCGCCCCUCCGGGACUAACGAUCAGCUUGCAUCCUUAUCAACUUCAAGGCUGCCACUGGUUGGCCUCCCGUGAAGCGGGGAAGAAGCGAGGCGGAAUGUUGUGUGAUGGCAUGGGCUUGGGCAAGACCGUGCAGAUGAUUGCGUUGAUGCUGAGCAACCCGCCGGCGGGCAAGGUCAAGAACGCUGAGGGCAAAAAGUGCAAGACGACCUUGAUCGUAUGCCCGCUCGCUCUCAUGCAGCAGUGGAAGGACGAGAUCAAGACCAAAUCUAGCGUCGGUCUCACCGUUCUGAUUCAUCACGGUGCCGACAAGAAGAAUGGUCAGUGUCUGCGGUUAACUUGGUCCAUCCUCUGGUCGUGCCGAAGCUCAUGUCAGAGUACGGUUCACUCUGAUCAGCCCGUCAACUAUCACAUUACGACGUCGUCAUCACAUCCUAUAACACGCUACAGAACGAAUGGCCAAAUCCAAAGAAGUUUCAAUCGAGGAAGGCCAAAGGCAAGGGCAAGCAGAACAGUCUUUUACCCGAAGCCGCUUCGGACAAUGAAUCGGACUCGACCCAAUCUGCGCCGGUCGGCGGUGGGGCCUUGUUUGAUGUUGAAUUUUACCGCAUCAUUCUUGACGAGGCUCACACUAUCAAGAACCGCAACACAGGCACGCAUAAAAGCUGUUGUGCGCUCAGAGGGCAUUAUCGGUGGUGUCUGACGGGGACACCGAUUCAAAACGACUUGUAUGAUCUUUACGCCUUGUUCGCUUUCUUGGGCAAGAUCGUCAACCCCUUGCACGACUUCGCUGAGUUCAAGAGCAAGAUUGCCGAUCCCUUCAAGAACAACCAAUCCCAGGUCGCUCUCACCAGGCUCGCCGUCACACGCAAGGCCAUCAUGUUAAGGAGGACAAAGGAUUCACGGAUCAAUGGGAAAUUGAUCGUCACAUUGCCCAAGCGAGAGAUCCGCGAGGUCAAGAUUAACUUUCACGAAAAGUUGGUUCGCUCAUCUUGUUUGGCGUUACCCUUACUAGCUGAGGACCGUUCGAACUGACCUCCGCGUCUUCCACACUUAGGGAUGAGGCGGACUUCUACAAGGCCGUGGUGGAGAAAAUGGAACUGCGCAUGAACGCCUUCGUCGACGCCGGAACCGUCAUGUCCAACUAUACGAGCGUACUGACGCUCCUGCUCCGGAUGCGCCAAGCGUGCUCGCAUCCCGCCCUCGUGACGGGAAACAAAGUCGAUGAGGCCGAGGCCAUCGAUAUCAACGUCGAUCCCAACAAAGCCACCGCGAUCGGCGUCACCGACGACGAGACUGGCCUGGUGAAUUUGCUCGGAGGCCUCUCGGUGGAGACUAGGACAUGCGCCAUGUGCCCCCGCCCAAGCAGGUCUAAAGAUGAUGGCUUUUGUCGGAAAUGUCACGACGACUUGGCGCACUACCAGAACCUCAAAUUUUCGACCAAGGUCCGACAGACAAUGAGAAUCCUCGAGGAGAUAAGAAAGGAAAAUCCGUCGAGAAAAACGAUUGUGUUCUCUCAAGUCGGUCGAGCGAUGUUUCUCUACAAUCCUGGAUCUCUGCUGAUGCUCGCAGACCCUCUCGUCCGUCAGUUCACCACGAUGUUUGAUAUACUCGAGCCGUUUCUCAAGAUGGCCAAAUUGAAAUACGUUCGCUGUAAGUCCACGGUUUUGUGGUUGCGCACCAGGCCUUGAUGUAUGCUGACCUUUAUUGACUCUUAAUAGUCGACGGACGGAUGAACGCGGUGCAAAAGAACGAGGCGUUGAAGACCAUCCGUACCGAUCCCGCAACGACCAUCAUCCUGAUUUCGUAGGUCCAGCAAUCGCCUCGAAGUUUGGAACAACGGCCUUAAUCGGCUUUCUGGCUCACAGCAUCAAAUGUGGCUCGGUCGGAUUAAACCUGACGUGCUGCUCGAGAGUGGUACUACUCGAUCUUUGGUGGAACCCUGCGAGUACGUGACCCCGGGUAUCUGCUCAGCCCGCUUCCUCGCCCAGUCACUGACAUAUGUCGCUCUCGGCUUGAACCUCCUCAGUUGAAGAGCAGGCCUUUGAUCGGUGAGUCAUGACAUACUUCAGGGUAGGAACCACAUUGCUGACACGUGGGUGGUCUGAAUUAGUGCCCAUCGUAUCGGACAGACCGAAGAGGUCGUCAUCUUCAAGAUCACCAUCAACGAAACAGUAGAAGAUCGGUGAGCGCCUUCGGACGCAAAUUCACGCUCAGGAGCUUCAGAUCUGACCGUCAUCGAUUCUUCCCAGGAUCCUCACUUUGCAGAAGCAGAAGGCUGAACUGGCUGCAGCCGCGCUGGACGGAGGAAAUCCCGCGAAAGCGGCCAAGCUGAGCAUGAAGGACAUUUUAUUCCUCUUCCGCGGAAGCGGCAAAGGCUCCGGAGAUAGACGAUGA